AUGAGCCAAUAAGCUUAAGAUUCUCAAAUCUUAAAUAAACAUCCUCAAAAUGUAGCUGAAUUAGAAGAAUAUAUUGAGGUUAUCUCAGAGCAUUAGUUAAACUGUGAGAGAUAAGGAAAAUAUGUUGAAGCUGAAUUAGCUAAAAAUAAAGUUAGAGAGCUCAAAGAAGAGCUUGCUCGCAAGAAAAAAGAUGAAAUUAGAAUUCGUCAUCUUAACGAAAAGCAAGAUGUUGAGAAAGCUCAUUUAGAAGAAUUUAAUUAAUUUAACUAAUUUUGGGAUUAAAAAAUGUUAGAGUUCGAAUAGGAAGCUAUGCGUAUCGAAAAUGAAUUAAUUGAGCGUCAAAAUGCUGAAUUUGCUAGUGUAUAAGAAGAGCUUGAAAAGGCUAUUCCUUAUAAACCAAAAUAGUCAUCUGAAGUACUUAAUCUCAUUAAAAUUGAAGAAAACCUAGCCAAAUAGAAAAAUUAUAUUGAAGCUCAUCAAGUAUAGUUGAAGAGAAACUAGCUAGAAAAAACAGAAAAUCAAUAAUGGAUGAACACUCGUAAUGAAAAAAUUAGAAAGCAACUCAUUCUCCUCAAGUAACGCUAAUAAAAUGAAUUGAAUGCUUUGAGACAAAGAAUCAAUUCUGGUAAAGAAGAAUAGAGAAAAAAUAGAUCAAUAGAGUUAGAAAGGCUUUUAUAGAAAUAUUAAAAUGUAAAGAAGGAGUUAGAAGUUUAGCAAUAAAUGGAAAAUCUUUAAAUAGAAAAGCAAUUAAAACCUAAAAAUUAAGGAAAUAGUAACAGCAAAUUCAAUCAAACAAAAUCAACAAGAAUGCACUGA